CAUGUCAUCUAUAGAAAUUAUUCUAGCAUAAAUGUAUAUAGUUUAUUAUAUGUGAUUUUGGUGAGCGAUAAUUGUUCUGUACAGUAUAAGAGAAUGGUGAGGCAGUGGAGGGGUUGGUGAGGCAGGUGACCAGGGCAGAGUGAGGUGCAUCAUGGGAGUGUAAACAAUCAGCUGAUAGCGGACACCCAUCGAUUGGAGGCGUUUUGACGGAUUUACGGUGCUAAGGUAGACCUCAGGAGGGGGAUGGCAGAAUCCAGUGGCCUGGGUGCUCCCCUGGACACCUCUGAGCCACACACACCUGCCGGGGAAGCUGUCUCUCCUCCAGUACACACCUUGAGUGAGGCCACACACCUUGUUAGUGACCCAAUACGCAUCAACAAAUCCACGUCUCUCGUGGAAGAAAAAGGCAUUGCCCGCUCAGAAGAGUCACUCCCACCCUCCAUGGAUGGCUCUGUAAAGGCUUCUGAAGAGCAGAGUUCAUCUAGAAAUACAGUUGCAGGUAUUGAUCGAUUGUCCAAACCUUCUGCUUCAGAGCACGUCACUGCAUCCAGUCACUCUGGGGAAAACCCAAGUGAGUCAGCAGGUGCUCCCUCCCCUGCAGGGCCCACGCCAUUGCCGGGCUUGUCUCCCAUGUCACAAGGGCAGUCCACACCACACACCUCUGCCUCCAGACCUGUCUCCUCCCAGCCAAGACAGACCUCAGCACCUACCACCACCACUCCAUCACCCCAACCCACACCCUCACCAGAGUCUUCCCCUCCACCACAGCCUGCACCUGAGCAGCCACCGCCGCCUCAAGGGGAACCCCCCAACACGGCAAACAACAACGGGCAGAACCGUAACAAUGGACAGAACCGACCCAACAACAAUAACAACAACAAUAACAACAAUGGAGGCCUUGCCAACGUGAGGGAGCGGCUCUUCCAGGCACUGUUCUUCAGACUGGCGGUGGCUUACGCCCGUGCCUUCCCGCAGCCCAUGAGAAGACUCAUUGAGUUCACAGUUCUACUUAAGGCCUUAACCUCCCUAUUCCUGCUUGUGUACAUUCACCUGGCCUUCACCCGUGCCCCCAUCACUUGCCUGGACCAUGUUCGUGACGACUGGCCCAAGGAAGGCAUCCUGCGUGUGGAGGUCAUCAGGAACCCCAGUGAAGAUUACACGGUGGAGCAGAGCUAUGAGAAGGAAGAGCGAGUGCAGCAGAGACAGCUGGAGUUUUUGGGGGCUCUCAGCUCAGACAUUGACAUGCUCUUUGGAGGACGGGAGUCUUUGGUGAUGGGUGGGGUGGCAGACGCCCAUGCUGAGGGAGCAGUGACGACCUCGGCCACUGAGGAGGGGGAGUCGAAGGAAGAAGAUUAUGAAAAUAACACCUCAGAAACAGAUGAGCAGCAGGACGCACAGUUGGAGUCAGAAGAGGAGGAGGAGAAUGGCCAUCAUGAUGCUGAGAUAGAAGAUCUAGUUGUCACUUCAGAAAACAGCACAAAUACUAAGAGUGAAGAUGUACAAGAACAGUUUAAUGUUCCUGAGGUGAACCCUGAAGAGGAAAUAUCAGAGCUCGUAGAUAAUAAUAAUAAUAACAAUAAUGAAGACACAUACAAUGCCAGCCUGAGUGAGGAGACCAGUCCACCACUCCAGGAGGACUCUCCUCUACCCAAGAAGGAGCCACUGGAAAUGUUAGCUAAAGCUGUGUGGCCUGAGGAUGAGUACAUAGUGGAGUACUCCCUAGAGUAUGGCUUCCUGCGCCUCUCCCCCGCCACUCGCCAGAAACUCAACAUUCCUGUCAAGAUUGUCACACUCGAUCCCUUGAAGGAUGCCUGCUUUGGGGACUCCCUCUCCCGCUUCAUCCUGGAUGAGUUCCUGGGCUACGAUGACAUCCUUAUGGGCUCCAUCAAGAGUCUUGCUGAAAAGGAGGAAAACAAAGGUUAUCUUCGGAAUGUGGUGACCGGUGAGCACUACCGCUUUGUCAGCAUGUGGAUGGGUGGCAGCAACUACCUGGCAGCAGCAUUUGUGAUGAUUGUGUUCACCCUGAGUGUGUCGAUGCUCCUGCGCUACUCGCACCACCAGAUCUUCCUCUUCAUUGUUGAUCUUCUGCAGAUGUUGGAGCUGAAUGUGGCCAUCACCUUCCCUGCUGCCCCCAUGCUCACUGUCAUUCUGGCUCUUGUGGGUAUGGAAGCAAUCAUGUCAGAGUUCUUCAAUGACACCUCAACGGCCUUUUACAUCAUUGUGCUGGUGUGGGUGUGUGACCAGUAUGAAGCCAUCUGCUGCCACACUGCCAUCACGCGCAGACACUGGCUGCGGUUCUUCUACCUCUACCACUUUGCUUUCUACGCCUAUCAUUACCGCUUCAAUGGACAGUACUCUUGGCUUGCCCUCAUGACUUCCUGGCUCUUCAUUCUGCACUCCAUGCUAUACUUCUUCCACCAUUACGAGUUGCCAGCCAUCCUGCAGCAGGCACAGAUCCAGCAGCUGGGGAGAGUGCACACUGUCAACAUUGUCCUUCGUAACGUUCCAAACAACAACAACAACAACCAGAACACACCCAAUAACCCGGCAAAUGCUGGGGGUGGCGAGAAUGCUGCGGAUGACAGAGGUGGGGCAAAUCCUGGGGCUGCAGGAGGCCGCCCAGGAGGAGGAGCAACGCCCAACGUGCUGCCGAUGGUGAACCUGGUGUUCCGCAACAUGGCAGCAGGCAUGGGGAACAACAGGAAUGGAAAUACUUCCCUGAGCUUUGUUUUCAGAAAUGUGAGGAAUAUUGUCCAGAGUCUCCAUCAGAAUAAUGCAUCAUCUACAACAGCAACCAAUGUCACAACUACCACCACUACAACCACUUCUCAGAGCAACACCACCACUGUGACAUCCUCCAACUCUCCCACCUCUCAUGGGAGCAUCACGUCUGAUCAGAUGCCAUCAGUCUCAAGAGUUUCACCAGCCACUGCCUCUUCAUCAACAGAGGAAUCAGCACCAACACACACUGACACACUGCCAUCAGUGCAGUCAACAUCUUCAGUAACUUCAGAUUUUGGUGUUGGUGCAAGUUCACAUAGUGUUGCAAACACCAGUGUACUCUCUACCUCAAGUAAGGAAAAUAAUAGGCUUUUGUUGCCUAAAUUUUCAUCUCAAUCAACCUCAGAUAUUUCUUCUGAACCUUCUAGUAGUAGCCAUUAUGCUUCUUCCAGUUCAUCCUUGCAUAAUCAAAGGCUUUCUGAGAGUAAUGCCUCUCCUCCCCAGGCCAGUAGUCAUGGUUCACCAGAUUAUAUGGCAGUGCCAGUGGGGAUGCCCAAACAUAUGUUAAACUCUGAAGGUCAUGAUCGAGUACAAUACUCUAAAUCAUCAGAGUCCAGUGUUAAGUCUCUAAAUAAUCACUAUAGUGAGACUCAAAAUAGUGAUAGAUCAAGCAGACCGCCUCACAACACCACCUGGUCUGGUGUGGAGGACUCCACAAGUUAUGAUGUACUUCGACCUCCAGAACAAGCGGCAAGACAAACCUUGGCCCACCACCAUGUAGAUGAUAGCAGUAGUGAUUAGGAAAGACUUAAUCCAGCCUUUUUACAAAACAUUAUUUUGUUAAUAAGGGAAAUAAUAUAUUUGUUUCCAUGUUUUUAACAUAUGAAAUAUUUUUUAUUGCUUAUAUUUAUUGGAAAUCUGUUGGUGUUGGAUACUGCUCUUGCAUUUCAAUUGUAGAGUUAGACAACGUGCACAUCAAGUAGAGGAAUUCCAAACUGGCAGUUAUGAUUUGUUUCCUCUCAAGCUGAGAAUCUAUGCUCACUGUGUGCCAUUGUUACAAGGCUGCCUUUAAUGAUAUUUGUGAUAGAUGAGAGUUGGUUGAACAUCACAAAGACCUGAGUUAAGGGGAGAGUUUGACCAGAAAGAAAUGGCUGCUUCAGAUCUGGCUACCAGUUAGUAGAAAGCUUACUUUGCAUUUUGUGAAGGCAAAGCUGAGGUGGCUAAUUGUGCUAAGAAAAGUGUCUGCCCUUUCACGUUAGACUGUACUGAUAAGUGACUUGAAUUGUUACUUUACCAAACAAGCUUAUCUAUGGUGUGUGGGCAAUCUCAAUGUUGUUCAAUGGAGUUUAUUGUGCAAUGUUCAUCACUAUGUAGGUAAAGAAAUAUGAAGAGGGUGUAGUAACUUCCCUGAUUGUAGUGGCAAUACUGACAUACUACCUAAUAAAAUGUCUGGCAAGUUCACCCCUGUAAUGAAGGAACACUUUGUGCCCAUUUGUAUUAACGGAAUGAACCUUAACUUAUAAUCAGUGGGAAAAAUUUUCAUAACUAAAAGAAAAAAAUAAAGUUUAUUUCUAUUUAACACAAUAUAUUUGUGUAUUCAGAAAAUUGUAAAUUACUCAGUGUGAGAAUGACUGAACAUUUUGUUACCAAAAUUGCAGAAAAACAUAACUGAAUUUUUUACUGAAUAAUUAAUAAAGUAAAAAAUCUAGCAAAUUGGUAACAUUCCCACAACCGGUGUAAAUACCAAGUGAUAGUUUUGACGAUGUUCAAACUCUCCCCAAAGUGAUAUACAUACAAAUUUAACAUUAAGAAUACUUUUCUUAAUUGGAUAACACUUGGUGAUAUCAAGGGGUAAUUUUCUAUAAUUUAUGACGCUUCUGUUAAUUUAGAGAGAAAAUUUAUAUGCAAUUCUGUUGAUAGAUUUUGGCAGAUAUGCAAUAAAAUGAUAAAAGUCA